AUGGCGGCUCCAAAAUACCUCACCGGUGACAAAGACGCCAUCAAGAGCUUCGUUGACAAGUACGAUGUCUUUCUCUUCGAUUGCGAUGGCGUUCUCUGGUCCGGCGACGACCUCUUCCCCGGCACCGUCCCGACGCUCGAGUUUCUGCGCAGCAAGAACAAGCAAGUUGUUUUCGUGACCAACAAUUCGACCAAGUCGCGACAGGAUUACAAGAAAAAGCUCGAGAGUAUGGGCAUCCCAGCUACCGCUGAAGAGGUUUUCGGGUCCUCGUACUCCGCCAGUAUCUACAUCUCUCGGAUUCUGCCCAAAGAGCAUCCCCAAUUGAAAGAAAAGAACAAGGUCUUUGUUAUCGGCGAGGCAGGUAUCGAAGCAGAACUCGACUCCGAGGGAGUGCCUCACAUCGGAGGCACAGACCCAGCCUUCAGGCGCGACAUUCGGCCAGAGGACUACAAAUUAAUGGCUAAUGGCGAUCCUUCGCUCAUCGAUCCUCAGGUUGGGGUCGUUCUUGUUGGUCUAGACUUCCACUACAACUACUUCAAGAUGUGCUUAGCCAUGCAAUACAUUCGACGGGGCGCUCUGUUUCUGGCCACGAACAUUGACUCGACGCUACCUUCUGCUGGCUCGUUGUUCCCGGGCGCUGGCAGCAUGAGUGCUGCUCUGAGCCUGGCCUUUCAGCGUGAACCGAUCACUUUCGGCAAGCCAAGUCAAGCUAUGAUGGAUGCAAUCGAAGGAAAGUUCCAGUUUGAUCGCUCGAAGGCUGUCAUGGUAGGGGAUCGGGCCAACACAGAUAUCCGUUUUGGUCUCGAGGGCAAGCUAGGUGGCACCCUGGGCGUUCUGACCGGAGUGAGUACCAGAGAGGAGUUCCUGGAUGGAGAUUCACGGCCAGCGUUCUAUGUUGAUAAGUUGGGUGACCUCCUCGAAAGCUGA